AUGGCCGUGGCUCUUCUUACCUACUUGUGUCUGCUUAUAACCGCGGCGACAAUAUUCCGUGAUUACGACUUUCCUAAAAACGCCAUAUCUAUAAAUAACAGGUAUGUGUGUACUUUACUGUGUAUAGAUUCUCACUGGAACGUGGGAUCACUCCAAAUAUCCCGUACACCUCGAAAUAAAAUCCCUUAAAAGCCCCCUAAAACUGACCUUAAAAUCCAUUAAUUAAACCCCGAAAAAGUCUUAACAAAUACUCCGCAGUGUCAGAAUAGAUAUGAAACUAGCAUCUCAGGAGCACCACAAAAUUUUUGAUUGCAGUGAAUCAUAUUCGUAUGCCCUAUCACUGCACAUUCAGACAGAUUGUCCCCUAGCUUAAUCAAGUUCGUUUUUUUUCCCAGAAACGUCUACUUGGUGUUCUCGUAUUUCUGGUUUUUCGUUGGUCUUCCCAUGGGUGUCUUCUCCGCCAUAUCUCGGAUCCUGAGGACAAUGGCUGUGGGAGCUCUGAUGUUGCCAAGAAUUGAUCACAGUGUUAUGCCCGAUGGCUUUCAACGGUUUGAUCGAGGUAACCAACUUGCAUAAGUGACAUUAAGUGUACGGGGCUGAAUUUAACAUAUGCUUUGAAAGCUCUGCCUGAAUUUUCUGGAUUUGUCGUAUAGCAUUUGCCCGCGUUUCAGGGUUUUGUAAAGUUUGGAGGGGGCAGUUGUGCCCCCGCUGUCUCAUACGCUUAUGCCAACUUGUAACGGUCAUGGCUAAAAGGGGUGGACGAGGGGGCGGUUUUCAAGAUAGUUCAGAAUUUAAUCACAGAUCAGUUUGCUUGAGUUCAAGGUUAAUGUUUGGGUUAGGACUGGGGUUAGGUCAGUGACAGACAAUGGGAGAUACGAUCCAUAGUUUAGCUCGGGAAAACGAUAUGAAAAUGUUUACGACCUUCAUAGAAUUUGGAAGUCAAUUUCCGCCAUAUUGGCUUUGCUUUUCUCGACUGACGUUUUCGCUCCAAAUAUAUAAAGCUUACUGGUUUCAGCAAGCAUUUGCUUGACUUGCUUUGUCUAUUGUUUUCUGUCAGUGUUUAUAUGUAUUGAUCUACCCACAGUGUAAAUAACACGAGAUCCAUUAUAGUAAAUAAUACAGAAAGAAAUUGAAGGAAAACAAUUAAAGCAAGUCUUGCAUUUUCGGUUCAGUUUUGAACCGAGAUUUUCCGAAUUUGCUUGACUUGCAAGACUUUCUUUAAUUGUUUUCUGUCAGUGUUUAUAUGUAUUGAUCUAGCGCAGUGUAAAUAACACGAGAUCCAUUAUAGUAAAUAAUACAGAAAGAAAUUGAAGGAAAACAAUUAAGCAAGUCUUGCAUUUUCGGUUCAGUUUUGAACAGAGAUUUUCCGAAGUUGACAAGUUUCUCUUUCUCGCUCCGCCCCUCCGUACUACGUCAUGUAAUUUACACUAUAGUGGAUCGGUACUACAUGACAAUGAAAGAGAGACUUGGCGCAAGUCUAACUGUUAAGACACCGAUUGUAAAACUAUAGUCGAUACGGCAGGCUACAGUCUAUAUAACAUUUUUUGUUAUUUUGAAAGGUUUCAAUGCGUACAUCUGUUAUCUUCACGUGCAAACAGCUUAUAGAAACCCAGUCCUUCGAGUUUUCUGUCAGAUAUUGAGUGACGAAACAC